AUGAGCUCGUCCGGCCCGCCCCUCGCCGCCGUCGAGCCCCGGCCCGAGUCCUCGCCCUCCAACGUCGUCACCGGCAUACCAUGGGAAUUCCCGCCGCCGCCGCUGCCGCCCGGCACAUAUGACGGCGCGCCGCUCCCCGUGUCGGGUCCCCUUCCCGGCCCUCCUCCCGGCGCCGGCAUCGCGCUGCAGCUCGGCCCCGAGUCCCAGAUCCCCGACCACCCGGGCAGCAUGGUCGGCGUGCCGCAGGUGCAGCCUGAGCCGCUACCACAGGCCUAUGCGCCUCCUCCACCGCCGCCAGCCGCUGCUGCCGCUGCUCAGGCCGUCGCCGCCCAGGACCUGGACGUCCGCGACAUCAAGGCCAGCUGCCAGCUUGGGCUGCGGGAACUCUCGGGCAUGCAGAAACAGCAGCGCGAGUCGGGCGGCGCAGCGGGCCUCGAGUCGCGCAUCCGCGCCCAGGCCGGCUUCGUGCUGGGCGACCUGCGCGCGCUGCAGGAGGAGGUCCGCGGGCUCGUCAAGGCGGCCGAGGACCACCGAUGGCGGCGCUGGAUCUUUGCGACCUUCAUCCCCGCCGUGCGGCGCAUCUUCCGCCGCGACUCGCGCUCCGACGACGACUCGCGGCUCUCGUCCAACGACACAGAGUACGCCUUCCGCCGGUCCAAGGGCCUCAUGGCGCGCAUCAAGGACGGCGUGCUGGGCUCGGGUAGCUUCGCCAAGGUGGCCUUCUUCGUCUUUGCCGUGCUGUACGUGUUCCAGAACGAGGUGUCGCUGCGCGUGGCCAGGACGGUGCAGAAGCGCGUGAGGCGCCUGAUGGAGAGGGUCGAGAGGGGGGACGAGGAUGUGGAUGAAAAGGACGUGAAGAUGCUCGAUGGGUGGCGCUGGCGUGUGCUGCUGUGGUGA